UAUGACUCUAUUAUGUAUGUUCCCCUCUUUUUUACGACUACAAGACUAGCAGAUGACGAUAACAUGACUGACCUAUUAUCCGAUGUCUAGAAAAAAAAUGGUUUUCGAUAAACGGGCUGUUGAUGAAAUUAUUUUACUAUUACUAGAUCCCUUAAUACAAACAAUGAAACAAUAGUAAUCAAUGGGGUAAAACAUGGAUAAUGAAGAAACUAUUAGGUAGAAACUGUCAAAUAUAUUUAUCAAUAUCAAUAAUAAGGUGUGAUAUUUGACUACAAAAGUUUUUUCUGCAAUAUUCUACCAUGCAAUCAGAAUUACUAAGGAAAGAGGAUGAAUUCUACAAAGAAAAUGAAAAACUGGAAAGACAUACAAAGGAACUGAUGCAAAAAGUGAAUGAUGCCAUGAAAAUACAAGAUAAUCUUAUUAAGGAAUCAUUAAAAACAAAGGCUGAUAUCAAUCAUGCCCGAAAAAAUAAUUUCAAAUUUGACCGAACUGAGGAAUUUGAAACUACAGAGGAAUUCAGUGAAAUUGACAAAAUGGGGAUGCAAGGUGCUAAUCAGUAUUACAAAGCAAAAGUGAAAGCUUUACAGGUGGAAAAUAUCAAAUUGCAAGCUGAAAACAGAAGGAGGACUGAUGAACUCAAAAAGGCACAAAAUGAAAAUACAAGUAUACUAGAAGAAAAGGAGAAAUGGUUCAUGGCUUAUAAUUCUUCUAAAGCAUCUAUUGGCAGAUUAGAAUCACAGGUUUCAGAAUUAAACUCGAGGCUACAAAAUAAAUCGAGUGAAAUGGGUUCAUUGAAAAAAGAACUGGAUCAGGUUAAAAAAGAUCUGAAAAAUUCCAGUUUGAAAUCCAAUAAUUUUGAAGCAAAGCUAAUCAGGGUGCAAGAAGAAAAUGAAAAUUUGAAAGUUUCUAUGAAAAAUGUCAAGGACGAAGAGAAGGAACUCAAGGAGUCAUUCAAGAAACAAAUCAAUGACUUAAUUGCCACCGUCAAGCACAUUGAAAGACAUAAAGUAGAACUACUUAAUGGAUUCAAAAAACAACUGCAACUCAUUGAUAAUCUUAAGAAGCAGAAGAUGUAUUUGGAAACGCUCAAGAUAGCUGAAGUUGCAGAAUCCGAAUAUCUCAAAAUCCUCGACUGCAAGCUUGACUAAGAC